UCUCAUUUGAAUCCUUGGAUCAACCUACGAAACCACCAAUUCAAUUGAAUUUAAAUAGAUUAGAUUAAUUGAAUAUUUUAGUGGAUAAUUAAAUUGGAUUUACGAAAUUGGAUACUAGUCAGUAAUUACCACCUCUAUUGUUGUUGAUGUCGGGAUUGUAGCCGACUUGACUUCUUCUAUCUUAUGUACCGAAGCGGCUUGAUGUACCCUUUCAUCGUAAACUUUCUUCGUGAUGGUAUCUCCGAUCGCUUCGUGCAAGAAAGGGCUCGCCGGUCAAUCUCGGCGGGGGCACCCUCCGACACUCAAGUUAGUCUCUGGUGCGGGAGAUAGAUUAGUUCACAAGGUGUUUGCACGAGGUGACGACGCUCUCAAGAUCGUCCCCUCGGUCUCUUGCCUUCCCUUCCACUUGAGAGUAUGAGCUUGUUAUAUAGUGUUUACUUGGGGGACAAAUGGGUGACAGGUGUCGGCACCAGAGGUGAGAAUGGACACGUCACCGGACAUGUGUCGUUGUGGUUUGCCUGUGCACGCAACGUGGUUGUGAACAUGUCAACCACGCCUUUGCCUUAUGAGAACACUCUUGCCACAUGGAGACUGGUUAAGGAGAGUGCAUGCCACAUAUGCAGGUGGGAGUGUAAGAAAUUGAUCCAUGUUCGAGGAGGUGGCAGUAAUUGUGGAUCCGGGCGUCGGGAGUGAUAGCGGGUGCGGGCUGGGCGCUAGUAUCCAUGAGCGAUAGCGGGCCUUGGUGUUGAGAUCCGGGAGAGAUAGGAGGGUUGGGCGUCGGGAGCCAGGCGAGAGGCGAAGCGUAAGUAUCGGGGGCAAAAUUUAGCCCGAGAGAAAUAGUUCGCCGGCGUGUACCAAGAGCCGGGGGCGAUAGUGGGCCCAGUCGCCACGAGGAGUAGGUCAACCCACAUCUAUGGAUUUUGAGUUGUUUCUUUGCAGCAUGGAAUGCGUUCAAGGUGAUGCAGCUCUAAGGGUAGGUCAACCCACAUCUCUGCCACGAGGAGUGGAGAUUCGUGAACUUCCAUCUCAGGAUUCUGAAGGGCUCAAUAACCACCAAGGUCGAUGGGUCCACAAGAAGGGGAUCACUACUAACUCAUCAAGUCCUUCUCAGUUCACCAUGAGUUUUGGGUGCGACGCUGGGGUGAGUAUCACUAGGAGGCCAUCUCGGAGCUCGGGCUUCAAAGCUAGUGGUGGAUCUUGGAAUGCUGCUUCAGGUUCGACCGGGUGGGCGUCUUUGGACCCAGCGAACGUGACUCCCGCCCACCCGACUUCAGGUGGUGAAGCAGUCGGUGUCUUCCCAUGUCCGGAUGACAUAAGCGGUGAAGAGGACGGACGAGACCUCUCGUGAAAUAGAUGCAAGCGGAAGCGGUCUGCAGGUCGGGCGACACGAAUUCGUCAACUAGAGAGUCGGUUUCAAAGGGCGGUGGAGAAGUUGGAGGAUGCCCGAACUGCAGAGAGUCGUACGCAAGAGGAGUUGAUUAUGGAGAGGGAAAGGGCAUAACGAGAGUCACAAGGGACGGAGAAGGAGAGAGCCCGAGCAGAGUAGGAGAGCGCUCAGGAGAAACAUCAAUUGAAAAGGGCGGAGCUAGAGAAAAAACGAGUGAAAGAGGAGAAGGCGACUUUUUUCCUUGUUACUUUGUACAGAUUCCAUUUGAAGUUCUCGUUCGAUGCCAAAUUGCAUGGUUAUUUUACCCAAGCCUGCAGUGUGCAAGAUUCAUAUGCGAUGAGCUGCUAGAGGUAGAAGCUUUUCCUGUCUCUUUUUGCAUUGCUCAUUUGUAAUUAUUCUGGUUUGAUAAAAUCUUUGUGCCCUUCAGACUAGCCAUCGAUAUCUAGCCAAUAAGGUGCAACGGUUUCGUGUUCUUAAAAAACAUAUGGUGAAGUCAUUGAGAACUUUUUGCGGGAUGGACUUCAACCAUCAAAGACGAUGAUUCAAAAUCUUAUUGAAAUGGAGGUAUAUUCACAUCCUUCUAAUACUUCAAGUCUUGCUUGGCAUAAUAUAUAUAUCUAGUUUUUUGGUUAGCUUCUUGAUUAAUUUUUACUUGUUCCUAACUUAAAAAAUUUUGAAUUUAUUUCUCAUCAUAUAUCUCAGCUGGUUUCCUUGUGAAAUACCUAUUAAGUAUUGGGUACUCUUUGUAGAUGGACUCCAUAAACACUUCCUACCCCAAUUUCAUGGGAGGGACUUUUAUUGUGCGUGUUGCAGAGCAACAAGUAAAGACAUCAAAAGUUACUAAAGCAAUUUCCCGGUCAAAGGUUAGCUAUUUUCUCCAUAUAAUGAUUGUCUCUCAAUUGUCAAUUAUUAUAUAGAAGGGCCUUUGAGGUCCUCUUUUCCCCUCUCUUCGCAUCUAAUUCUAUAUUAUGACUUUGACUAGGAUGUCACUGAAGCUGAUUAAAGCACCAGGCUCUGAGAGAAGUAUGAAGUCUAUUGCGCCUGAUCAUGCAUGGCAAUACUAUUUUAUAUUAUUGUUUUCAUUUGAUAUGCAUGCCAAUUGCUCAGUCUGGGUGGAUAAUUGAUAUUUUUUAUUCCAGGGAAUCUUAAUGGCUUCUCAUGGGCAUUUCAUCAAUUUUCAAGGGAAGUAAUAGUUCUCAUAUGUCAUCUGAGAAGAACUCAACAAAUACGGGAUAUUUAGAGGCAUUUCAUGAAAGUGACUCGGUGGACAAAAACCUGUAUGUUAUCCAUUUGCAAGAGGUUUGAUGAAAUUGCUGCUUAUUAGUCGCUGCCUUUUGUUGUGCGCUGUGCUUCUUAUGUCUUCGCCUGUGAUUUUUCCCCAUGUUCUCUAGCCACCAUAAAUUUGAGAUCGUCAGAAAGCACCUCGGAGCAUGAGAUUGUUGAGAUCACAACCAUUAAAUUGCCACUGACAUCAUACUACUAUAUUGUUAGGAAGAACAUUGAGGAUUUAGUGCCAAAAACAUCAUAUAUGCACUUUAUGGUAAUUGCUCCAUUAUAUAGUUGGAUAAAAGCGACUACUGUCAGCCACUUGUAGUUGUCAAUGUUAUCUUAUGUGCAUUCUCUAUCGUCCCAUGUACAAAAUGCCAAUCGCGAGUUGCACAAUGUGCUGAUUAAGAAGCUUUACCGGUAAUGUAUAGUUUCUGAUGUAAUUCAUGCCUUUGUGUUUUAUGCUCUCUCGUUCCAAUCACACUAUACUUCUCAUUUCAGAGAAAAGUUGUUUGAGGAGAUGUUGCAAGAGCCCGAUGAGAUUUCAGUGAAGAGAAAGCAGACAAGUAGGGAUGACAAUUUCGACCUGAGCCGUUUUACCCGACCUGUUUUACCUGUUUUAGGACGGGGCGGGGCGGCAUGGGUACUCUCAUCGACCCGACCUGCCCUGAUCCGCCCCAUUCUCAACCCAUUUUUGCCUAAAUUACAUGUGAUCGUAGUCAAAUUACAUAGGUUUUCCUUUUAUUACAUCAUAUUUUAACUAUAACAAAGUUAUAAAUUAGUGAAAAUAUCAAUUUCUCCAAUAAUUUAACUUCAUUUAUCAUACUAUGAUUUGUUUUCUUGGUCUUAUUAUGAAAUUAACGAAUAUUUCUAAUGUUUUCAAUAUAAAUUGCAUACACAUUGGGUUGACCUGCCCGACCCACGACCCAUGAUAAAUUACCCGGCAUGUCGCGGGCCGGGUAUGAAUAUCAUGAUACCCGUCCCCGACCUGCCCCAUUUCUAUUCCUAUAGACAAGAGAUACCCUUAGAGUCCUUCAACAAAGCAUUUCAAGUAAGUUCCCAUAUGGAAUGGUUUGUAUGUUCAUGUAAUUUCCAAUCGGUCCCUGACGCUUACCCUCUUUUUACCAAGACAGAUACGGGAAGAAUCGUCAUUGGAAGCUGAAUCAAUGGAAAGGGGACACAGUUCUGGUGUUGAUACAACUGGGUUGCCAAAAAUGCAAGGAUUCUAAUUCGGGUCCAAUUGUACACAUUUUACCCCUCAUAUCUUGAUAGUUUGGCUUCGCAUUUCAUCGUCCCUCGACAUAUUUCACCCUAGGUUGGUCUUGUUUUGAUACAUUUUAGGUCCUAGCAAGUGUGGGAAGUUCGAGGACGAGUUUCAGGUCGAUUGGAGGUCGAAAAGUACCAAAAAGUGAAAAAAGGUCCAAAUUCACGGUUCAUGAAGCAGCCACAGUUCACAGUCCAGCAUUGGAGUUCACGGUCUCCCAAGACCAUGAACUGGAACCUCAAACCGUGAACAGCGAGGCGUCCAGCGAGGUUUCAGAGGUUACUGACGACAAGGGAGUUUACGGUCUCUAAGACCAUGAACUGGAGCCAUUGACCGUGAACCCCAAGAGUGAAUCGGUGCAUUUUGAUCCACUGCACCGAGUUCACGGACAAGUUAAGGUGUUCACGGUCGUGAACAGAGGUCAUGCACUGGGCUCGAUCUGGGUAUAAAAAAAAAUAGCAGAA